UCUCCAUCCCCGUUCUUACCCCUCUCCCCACACCUCCCCCCGUCCCUUGUCUCCUUUCCCUUUCUUGUCCCAGUACCAGUCCCUUCCUCAGGUACAGCUCGGGGCUUUCCCGGAAAGCAGUGGCGGAGCUGAAGAAUAAAAGUCUGUGAGUCACUGGAGCGGUGUGCCAGUGAUUCCUUGCCGCUGCUGCAUCCCGAGCUGCUUUCCCGAUGAGCCGCCGCGUCCUCUCCAUUCUCUCCCUGACUGCAGGGGUGUCCAUGGCCAUGGCUUCAGCAGGCUUCCAGCUCCUCUGCCAGGGAGGUGAGCACCCUGAGGAGAAAAAGGCCAGCAAGAAAGAGGAAAAGGCAACCAUGAGCUGCCUGGGGAAAAGCAGAAGGCAUAUCAAGCCGUGCAACCUGAGCUGGUGGGAGAAUGAUCUGGGCUCCAAGAUGCAAGUGUUCAAGGUUGGCAAGGAUGGAACUUUGUCUGGCGAGUACCACAUUGCCGUGUCAAGCACUGAGGAACCCAUCCGGCUGUCCCAACUGACUGGCUCCCAGCACCUGGAUGAGGAUGAACAGUGCACCUUUGGCUUCACUGUCAACGGGAAGAAGUUCUCAGACUCCACAGCUGUCUUCGUGGGCCAGUGCUUCAAUGGGGAUGAUGGGAAGGAGGUCCUGCACACCUCCUGGCUGCUGCGGGAGAAAGUCGACUCGGAGUCAGAUGACUGGAAAGCCACCAGAACAGGCCACAACAACUUCAGUCGAAUAGGCUGAAAGGGGGGAGAAGCAUCCUAUCCUGGACACACUCAGGAGACAGGAGUCCCCUCAGCAGGAUCAGUGUGUACCAGCCUGCCCUGAUGUUUCCAGCUCUGGAGGAGGAUGUCUCAAAAAACACAAAAUAAAAUUAAA